AUGCCUACUGCUUUAGUCACUGGUGCAUCUCAAGGAAUUGGGCACGCAAUCGCCUUGAGACUCGCAGAAGAUGGUUUUGAUUUAGCUGUGAACGAUAUCGAGGCUAAGAAGGAGAAACUGGAGAAGUUGAAGCUUGAGAUCGAGUCUCUAGGGAGACGCUCGAUAGUAGUUGUUGGGGAUGUGUCUUUGGAGGAAGAGGUCAAUCAUAUGAUUUCCAGUGCCGUUGGAGCUCUUGGGAACUUGACGGUCAUGGUGGCCAAUGCCGGUAUAAUACUCACCAAGAGACUUAUGGAUAUUACACCGGAUGAAUGGGAUCGUGUGCAAGCCGUUAAUGUCCGGGGCAUGUUCCUCUGUUAUAAAGCAGCGGGCCAGCAGAUGAUCAAGCAGGGUGGUGGAGGCAAGAUUAUAGGUGCCUGUUCGAUCUCAGGCUACCGGCCUGUAUUAACGCCCUCCCCGAAAUUUGAGAAGAGCGUUGUUUGA